AUGUCUGCCUGGACCAGAGCGGCUGCCCUUUGUCUGGGGCUUCUCCAGCUGCUGCUCCAUGUCACCGCUCAAGGCAUCGUCUACGACCUGCUGGUGUCUCCGGACUGCCUGCCUGACCUGCUCCAGGGAAGCUUAAAGAACAAGGGGCGGGACGAGGCGUUCCUCCUGUCCUCUUUCAGGCUGCACAACAAAGCUCCCACUUCUGUCUUCAGUGUCAUCAACCCACGGGACAACUCCAAAUACAUCGAGCUGAGUGUGCAGGCCAAGCUGAGCAAAUUAAUUCUACGAUACCAGAGAACAGAUGGCAGAUUUUCCACCACCAGUUUAACUCACCCGUCCCUCGCUGAUGGAAGAGAGCACCACGUGAUGCUACAUGCCUCUGGUCUUCAGCAGGGACCCCCUCGCCUCAACAUCUAUGUGGACUGUAGACUAGUGCACACCGUGGAUGAUCUCCCAGCUGCCUUUGGUUCUUUACAGGCAGGCCCCAACAGGGUGGCUUUAAGAACCUUGCAGUCAAAUGGACAGGAUGUGCUGACAGACCUGAAGCUGGUGAUAGAGGACACUGUGGAGAAUGUGGCCACUUUACAAAACUGCCAUAUGAGUCCCAGUGAAUCUCUGCAGCUGCUGAGUUUUCAGGAAACAAGGUCAACACAAGAUCAAACCUCAAUGUUGAUGAUAACAAGAAUGCUCUCUGAGAUGAAGGAGCUUCUUAAUCAGCAGAUCAAGGAGACCACAUUUUUGAGGAACACUAUUACAGAAUGCCUUGCUUGUGGUUUUGAGGGAAAUCCCACCAAACCCAAACCAAAUCAACCUCCUGGGAAUUUUGUCAUGACGCCAGACCCGCAGAACCUGGUCCAGUGCCCGGCAGGGACCUGCUUCAGACAGAACAUGUGCAUCCCAAAUGAGUCUGGGGGCUGGAGGUGUGCGCCCUGCCCAGAUGGAUUCACGGGGGAUGGUGUGCGCUGCGAUGAUGUGGAUGAGUGCCAGUUUAAUCCAUGCUUCGAUGGUGUGUCAUGUGUGAACACGGCCCCUGGGUUUCGCUGUGACAAAUGUCCUCGAGGGUACACUGGGCCUGAGCUCACUGGAGUUGGGGUUUCCUACGCACAAACUCACAAACAGAUGUGUGACGAUAUUGAUGAGUGUCUGGGACCUCCUGAUAAUGGGGGCUGCACUCCUAACUCACAAUGCCACAACACUGAGGGUUCUUUCUACUGUGGAGAGUGUAAAACUGGGUUCAUUGGAGACCAGACCAAGGGCUGUCAGGGCACCAGACUCUGCCCCAAUGGUUUACCUAAUCCCUGUCAUGCCAAAGCAGACUGCGUGCUGGCCAGAGAUGGCAGUAUCCGCUGUGUGUGUGGCGUUGGAUGGGCUGGCAACGGUUAUGUGUGUGGAAAAGACACUGAUAUUGAUGGUUACCCAGACGAUAAGCUGCCGUGCCGCGAGGAAAAGUGUAAAAAGGACAAUUGUGUAUUUGUGCCCAAUUCGGGUCAAGAAGACGUGAACUGGGACGGUACGGGAGACGCUUGUGAUGACGACGCUGACAGAGAUGGCAUUGUGAACUUAGAAGAUAACUGCUGGCUCGUACCAAAUGUGGAUCAAAAAAACAGCGACAAAGACCUUUACGGUGAUGCGUGCGACAACUGUGUAACCGUGGACAACCCGAUGCAGAAGGACACGGAUCAGGACGGUGUGGGGGACGAGUGCGACAACGACAUCGAUGGAGACGGUCUGACGAACAAUGCUGAUAACUGCCCCCAAGUCGCCAAUCCGGACCAGAGGGACUCAGACCGAGACAGAGUGGGGGACGCCUGUGACAGCUGCCCAAAAAUGUUCAACCCAAACCAGUCGGAUUCAGACGGUGACCUCAUCGGAGAUAGCUGCGACGACAACAUAGACAGCGAUGGCGAUGGGCAUCAGGACUCGAAGGACAACUGUCCCGAUCUCAUAAACUCAUCCCAACUCGACACUGACAAAGAUGGAGUGGGCGACGAAUGUGACGACGAUGAUGACAAUGAUGGGAUUGUGGACGCUGAUGAUAACUGUAGACUUGUGCCCAACACCGAUCAGAGGGACAUAGACAAUGAUGGAGUGGGAGACGCAUGUCAAGGAGAUUUUGACAAAGAUAAUGUUAUUGACACGAUUGACCACUGCCCUGAGAACGCAGAGGUGACCCUAACAGACUUCAGGGCCUACCAGACCGUGGUGCUGGAUCCGGAAGGUGACUCCCAGAUUGAUCCAAACUGGGUUGUCCUUAAUCAGGGAAUGGAGAUUGUUCAAACCAUGAACUCGGACCCUGGCCUGGCUGUAGGAUACACGGCUUUCAGUGGAGUCGACUUCGAGGGAACAUUCCACGUGAACACGGUGACAGAUGAUGACUACGCUGGCUUCAUCUUUGGGUACCAGGACUCCUCCUCCUUCUACGUGGUGAUGUGGAAACAGACUGAGCAGACCUACUGGCAGGCCUCACCAUUCAGGGCUGUGGCCGAACCAGGCAUCCAGCUCAAGGUGGUGAAGUCCAAGACGGGUCCUGGUGAGUAUCUGAGGAACUCGCUGUGGCACACGGGUGACACCCCGGACCAGGUGCGACUGCUGUGGAAAGACCCUCGGAACGUGGGCUGGAAGGACAAGGUCUCCUAUCGCUGGUUCCUGCAGCACAGGCCACAAGUCGGAUACAUCAGGGCACGAUUCUUCGAGGGCUCAGAUUUGGUUGCGGACACAGGACUCCUCAUCGACACGAGCAUGAGAGGAGGGCGGCUCGGGGUCUUCUGUUUCUCACAGGAAAACAUCAUCUGGUCAGACCUCAAGUAUCGGUGCAAUGACACAAUUCCAGUGGAUUACCAGGAUCUCAAUGCUCAGGGGACAGAGUGA